GACCCACACAGUGAGUCGCUGAGCAGUUUGCACAUCUCCGUGUAGAUGAGCUGAGGACAACGCUUCCGGGUUUCUCUCUUUUGUUUCAUUUGAAGAUUCAUUUUUAUAAAGACGACUUCUCGUCAAACCUUUUGAUCAGCUGCUCUGACAUGGAGACAAGAAGCCGGCUCGCUGCUCUGUCGCUGCUUCUCUCCGCAGUGUUUUCCUCCUGUGUCCUUUUGAUAAACCCCAAAGAGAUUGAUCCGCUGCUGUAUGAGGAGCAGCUGCUGUGGGUGAGCGGGGCUCAGGGGGAGGUCAGCGCCUUCAGGAUCCCACUGCUCAGCUUCACCCCUAACGGAAGCCUGCUGGCCUUCACAGAGGGCAGGAAGUCCUCGUCCAGCGAUUAUGGAGCGAAGUUCAUCGCGAUGCGGCGGUCCACAGACAAAGGUUCCACCUGGUCCCCCACCACCUUCAUCGUGGACGACGGCAUGACGCCGGACGGCCUGAACCUGGGCUCGGUGGUGGUGGACGAGGAGGUGGGCUCGGUGAUCCUGGUCUACUCCAUCUGCUUCCACCUGUACCACUGCCACCCGGCCAGCACCAUGAUGGUGGAGAGCAGGGACGACGGCCUCAGCUGGGGCCCGCCCAGAAACCUCUCCGUCCAGCUCGGCGUCAAGAACUUCGCUCCCGGGCCGGGCUUUGGAAUCCAGAAGCACUUCCAGCCAGCUAAGGGGAGGUUAGUGGUGUGUGGUCACGGGACGCUGGAGGGAGACGGAGUGUUCUGCAUCCUGAGCGACGACCACGGGAAGAAAUGGUACAACGGUGCCGCGCUGAAAAGCAUUCCUUACAACCAGAAGAAGAAAGCGCAGGACUUCAACCCUGACGAGUGCCAG